AUGGACUUAGCUGGUUCUGAGAGAGUUUCUCUGACGAAAGCUGCUGGUGAGCGUCUUAAAGAGGGGGCUAACAUAAACAAAUCUUUGUCAGUAUUAGGAAAUGUGAUAAGGCAACUAAGCGAGGGGAAGGAGUUUAUCAGUUAUCGCGAUUCGAAAUUGACUAGACUGCUCUCACAGGCUCUUGGCGGUAAUGCCAAAUCAUUGAUUAUCGGAAUGUUACUUUAG